AUGCCAUCGCCGUGCCGCCGUCCUGGCCACCGCGUCCUUUUCCUCCUCCUGGCCCUGCUGCUGCCCUCCCCGCCCCCAGCCCGCGCCCCAGCGCCGCCGGGCCCCGCCGCCACCCUGCUCCAGGCUCUCGGGCUGCCUGACGCGCACCGGGGCGCACCCACGCCCCGGCCCGUACCCCCCGUCAUGUGGCGCCUCUUCCGCCACCGGGACCCCCAGGAGGCCAGGGUGGGCCCUCGGCGGACGCCCCAGGGAACCACCCUGAGACCGUGCCACAUGGAGGAACUGGGGGUCGCCGGAAACAUCGUGCGCCACAUCUCGGACCGCGGUGCGCCCACCCGGCCCCCGGAGCCCGCCUGGGCUUCGGGGCAGUGCCCUGAGUGGAACGUCGUCUUCGAUUUGUCAGCCGUGGAACCUGCCGAGCGCCCGAGCAGGGCCCGCCUGGAGAUGCGCUUUGCGGCGGCGGCCGCAGAGGAGCCGGCCGGCUGGGAGCUGAGCGUGACUCAGGCGGCCGAAGGCGCGGUCGCUGGGCCCGUGCUGCUCCGCCAGGUGGUGCCCACCCUGACGGUCCCGGUGCGCGCCGAGCUGCUGGGCGCCGCCUGGGCCCACAAUGCCUCGGCGCCUCGCAGCCUCCGCCUGGCGCUGGCGCUGCGCCCCCGGGCCCCCACCGCCUGCGCGCACCUGGCCGAGGCCUCGCUGCUGCUGGUGACGCUUGACCCGCGCCUGUGCCACCCACUGGCCCGGCCGCGGCGCGAAGCCGAGCCCUCAGUGGGCGGCAGCCCUGGAGGCGCGUGUCGCACGAGGCGGCUCUACGUGAGCUUCCGCGAGGUGGGCUGGCACCGAUGGGUCAUUGCGCCGCGCGGCUUCCUGGCCAACUACUGCCAGGGCCAGUGCUCGCUGCCCGCAGCGCUGUCCGGACCCGGGGGGACGCCCCCGCUCAACCACGCCGUGCUGCGCGCGCUCAUGCACGCGGCCGCCCCCGGUGCCGCCGGUCUGCCCUGCUGCGUGCCUGCGCGUCUGUCGCCCAUCUCUGUGCUCUUCUUUGACAACAGCGACAAUGUGGUACUGCGGCACUACGAGGACAUGGUGGUGGAUGAGUGUGGCUGUCGCUGACGGAGCCAGGCAGGGGCCCAACAAUAAACACUGCGUGGUCCUCUUCCCUGUCUCCGGUCUGGUCACCUGAGGGCGGGAAAGGAAGCAGCCACAUCCAUCACCACCCACUGCCAGGGCUUGGGAGUGUCCCACAGCGAUGCUACCUGCCCAGCCCUCCUAGAGCUGGGUUCCUAGAACCCCAUCUCUAGGCGGUCUGACAUCUAACAUGCCUAAGAGCCUGGGAACUGCCCACUGCACCGAGGUCACCCCCUAGUCCCUGCUAUGCACAUCGGGCCUUUCUCAGCUUUGCCAUCCAGGUGACCCCAAGGCUCCCAACCAGCCAGGUCCCCAGACCAAGUGCUCUGCCGUCUCCCUGCAGUUGAUCUGUCCCGGUGUGAACACAAGAGCUGUUAAUUAAGAUUUUAUUGGUGACAAUAGAGCUUAAAACAAAUUGACCAGAAAUCAAAAGUUACAUUGCCUUGGUACAUAUGCUCCUUGAUUUGGAAAACUCAGAAUUAACUGCUGCUAUGAAGGUGAAGAACAAAGCAAACAGCACAAAGCAGAGGCAAGGCAUUCCAAGGGAACAGAACAGGGCAGGUGGGUGGGUGGGUGGGUGGGCACAGGUGUUGCCCACGGGGUGUGUCGCACAAGGGGUCAUAGCGGAAACCUAUCCAAACUCUAUGCCUCUAUGUGGCCUAUCAAAAGAAGGGGGAAACCGAAAGCCCUACAGCAAUGGUAAUAAAUAAGAGGCCUUGCCAGAAGGAAGGUGGCCUGUGUGUCCCCGUCUCCCACGUACAAGCUGGAAUCUGGAGGCUUUGAGAUCAGGGCCAGUGUUCGCCUCACAGGGACGGGGAAGCUGGGGGGGGGGGGGGGGGGGGGCAGGGUCACCAGGGCCUGGAUAGGCAGGGAAUGGUCCCCAAAUAGGUGGUUGCCAGGGAGACAGUACUACCCCACCGUGGUGCGCAAGGAGCUGGGGGUGGCUCUCCCAGCUACAGUAACUUCUUGUGUUGUGGCCCAAGCCCCUUCGGCACAGAACCAACCUAUUUCUGAUACAUGCUCCUUUCCCCCCCAAAAAGCAGAAAUCACUCCACCCUAUCACACCUGUGCCCACAGGUAGAGGGGCUCCCAACUCGGAGGGUGGGGUAGAAAACAAGGUGAGUGGGGCACUCAGCGUGUCUAACCAGCCACGGGGACCGUGGGUGCCUCCCUGGGGAUGGGUCCUCUUGGCUGCUGCUGUCUUCCAUCAAAUCCUCAGGAAGGACCCUAGGGAAGAAGCCACUGGCCAGAGAAUAGCCACCUCCCCACCCUCUGGCCUCACAGCCAGUCCUGCCCAAGGCCCCUCCCAGGGUGGGUGGCUGGGGCGCGAGUCCACCGCGUGUAGGAAGCACUUUGCUUCUCAGAGUCCAGCGGAGACUGGGGCUGCCUGGCCCGGGACGAGACGGUGCUCUCUCACCGCCCUGACGUGCAGGGAGAAGCCGCUGGAAGCUAAAACUGAAAACAAAAA